AUGGAGAAGGCUCUCACCAAGCUCGGCAGCUUCACCAUCUCCCGCAAGGCCAAGCAGGAGCUCUCCGCCAUCGGCGACGACAUCUCCCGUUUUUCGAGCACGGUGGAGGAGAAGGCAAAAUGGGUUUUCGAGAAGCUCAAAGGACACAAGAAGUCACUCUCUGAUCUACUGCGCGAGCACAACCUCCCUCCAGGUCUCUUCCCUCGUAACAUCAUCUACUAUGAGUAUGACGAAUCAACCUCGAAGCUGGUGGUGCACCUGUCCAAGCCCUGCGAGGUGAGCUUCAAGGAUUCCUCCACGAUACGGUAUGCUCCUCGUGUCAAGGCGACUCUGUCCCGAGGCAAGCUUUCCGGGGUUGAAGGCAUGAAGACCAAGGUGGUGGUACAGGUGAAGGUGGCAAGCGUGAGCAUCGAGAGCUACAAGUCUGACAAGAUAUGCUUCAUCGCCGGCGUGAAGAAGCUGAGGCAGAAGGAUGCUUAUGAGGUCCCUCGCGAAGCCGUCUCUGUUGAGGAGUUCUGA